AUGGAAUUCGUAAUAGUAGCAAUAUCAAUGAUGUUAGAUUUCACUUAUUUUCUCCUACUUAUCAACAACUUCGAAAAAAAAUUUAAGAAUUUCGAUUCAUCAAGCCUAUCUCCUUGUAAAGUUGAAUUACAACAACAUUCAUUACGAGUUCGCCAUGUGACAAAGUUUUGGAGAAAUGCUCACUUAAAAUACCCCACGUCGUUAUCACCACUAGCUUGCGGUUGGACAAUGAACGACAACAAAUAUGACUUUGUUUGGUUCCUUGGUGACCAAUUACCAUCACUAGUUGCUGAUAUUAUAGUUCAAGAUAGUAAAGUUUUAGAAAACAACGAUAUACCUGAAGACAACUCUGACACUGAUGAAAGCAAUGAUCACAAUGUAAGUAGUGACGAUGAUGAUGACCUUGAAGAUGCUUUAUUUUAA